AUGAGGCUGACGACAAUCGGCAUGCGACUUCAACUAGACGCAACCGAACCUCUGUCUUCACCAGACUUAGCAGUUCAGCGAUAUUGCAGCGCUGAUGCUGCUACUACUGAGGAUGUCGCUGCUGCAGCUGCCGUCGGCGGCGACGGUGAUGAUGAUGCCAAAAGAGCAGAAGUAGGCUGCAUGGAACGUGGCCCUAACAAUAUAUCCCCUCAUACAUCUAGGCUUAUUGCUGCUUCGACGACUACUGAACAUGGACACACACAGACAGGCGACAUAACUCACAUGCGCAUGCACGUCCAGAGAGACAGCAGACACACACUUCACGGAACAGCUGCUGCUUUCUGGACGAGAUUCCGCUUCUCCCCUCAGCCAUGUAAAAAUAAAAUCCCGGAGAGAGGGGACGAUAUUCGAUGCAUGUGCUCUCUGAUUUCCUUCGCUUGCUAG